AUGCCCGGCAAAAGAGAGGUAUUGACGUUGUACAGAGAUCUUCUCCACCACGCCUACAAGUUUGACAACUACAAUUUCCGCUCGUACGCGGUGCGCCGUGUCAACGACGCCUUCCGCGCCAACAAGGCCCUCAACGGCGAAGCGGUGGUCGCCGCCUACAACGACGGCAUCGACAACUUGGCGAUGUUGAAGCGCCAGGCGGCGGUGUCGCAGAUGUACACCUUCGACCAGUUGGUCGUGGAACCCCGCAAGCACCACGCCUAG